GGGCAAGUCAGUGUGGGAUGGGAGCUGGCGCAAGAGGGGGCGGGAGAGGAGGCUUUAUGACUAGGCCUCCUGUGAGGGGCUCAGGCCAGGGACCAGCGUCAGGGAGGAGGCAGAGAAAGGCCAGCAGACACGGGGAGAGGCCUAGCAGGAGACUCCCACUAGCAUGCUCUUUGCCACCCAGAUUUUGCCUCUUGAGGAGAAUGUGGCCUCAAGGAGCCAUCUUUGUGGCUCUUCCCCUCCUGGGGCCCAUCGUGGUCUGGCUGCUUGCCGGCCGUCGGAUGUCUGGCUGGUGUGAUGGCCCGAGGAAGCUUUCCUGGUGCCCGCCUCACAAGAUCUUGCUGCCAGUGUGGAUGACCAUCUUCUCUCUCAUGGGCUAUGCAUCCUACCUGGUGUGGAAGGACCUGGGAGGGGGCUUUGGGCGGCCCCUGGCCCUGCCUCUUGGCCUCUAUGCUGUGCAGCUCACCAUCAGCUGGACCGUUCUGAUCCUCUUUUUUGCAGCCCACGCCCCUGGUCUGGCCCUGCUCCACCUGCUGCUGCUCUUCGGGCUAGUGGUGAGCACAGCGCUGAUCUGGCACCCCAUCAACAAGCUGGCUGCCCUGCUCCUGCUGCCCUACCUGGUCUGGCUCACCGUGACUGCUUCCAUCGCCUAUCGGCUGUGGAUGGACAGCCUUUGUCCAGAGCACCAGCCUCAGCCAGCGGGGCAGAAGAGUGACUGAGGCCCCAGGGCACAGGAGAGGAGAGAGGAUGCCAGGGGAGGGGUGGGAGAGAGAGCAGACAGAGCAGACAGGUCCAUGGAGCUGGGGGCAGGGGGUUGGUGGCCAGGGACUGAUGAGUCCCUCGAGGUGACUCGCCCCAGUGCAGCCACUGUCCUGGGUCCCCUAGUGCCAGUUUCCAUUGGAAUUCAGAGAAAUGGGAAAGAGGAAGGAAACUUAUUUUACAUUUAAUAAUCCUGGAUUAAUAAAUGUUAAUUUAGUGAUAUCAAUCAAUAAAAUCGUGCU